AUGGGUUCAGUGACCGCCGCCAAGGGUGGCAGGGCGUGGUGGAAAGAUGCCGUCAUCUACCAAAUCUACCCGGCCAGCUUUAAAGAUGCCAACGGAGACGGCCUCGGCGAUGUACCCGGUAUCAUCAGCAAGGUCGAUUAUCUGAAGGAUCUGGGCAUCGAUGUCGUAUGGGUUUCGCCCAUGUACGCGAGUCCGCAGGUCGACAUGGGUUAUGACAUCUCCGAUUAUCAAGACGUCCACCGUCCAUAUGGCACCGUUCGCGAUAUGGAGGUUCUGAUCGAGGAGUGCCAUAAACGAGGAAUGAAGUUGAUCCUGGAUCUAGUGGUUAACCACACGUCAGACGAGCAUCCUUGGUUCAAGGAGUCCAGGUCGUCGAAAGACAACCCUAAGAGGGACUGGUAUAUCUGGCGACCUCCUCGCAUUGCCGAAGACGGCACGCGUAUGCCACCCACGAACUGGCGAAGUCACUUCAGCGGUAGCACUUGGGAGUGGGACGAGGCCACGGGCGAGUACUACCUCCACCUCUUCGCCAAGGAACAACCAGACCUCAACUGGGAGAACCCCGAGACGCGCGAGGCCAUCUACGAAAAUGCCAUGCGCUUCUGGCUCGACAAGGGCGUCGACGGCUUCCGCAUCGACACAGUCAACAUGUACAGCAAGGGCGUCGAGUACAGGGACGCGCCCAUCGUCAACAAGAACGCCUUCGAACAGCCCGCCUUCAUGAUCUACUGCAACGGCCCCAGGAUACACGAAUUCUUGAGGGAGAUGAACAACAAGGUCCUCAACCACUAUGACACCGUCACCGUGGGCGAGCUCCCACACACGCCCGACCCGCAGCACGUCCUCAAGUUCAUCAGCGCCAGCGACAGACAGCUCGACAUGGUCUUCCAGUUCGACAUUGUAGACAUUGGUCAGGGCAAGAGUUAUAAGUACCAGGGCGUCGACUGGAAGCUGCCGGAGAUGAAGGAAAUCGUUGCCAAGUGGCAGCAGUUCAUCGAGGGGACAGACGGCUGGACAACGGCGUUUUGUGAGAAUCACGACCAGGGGCGCUCCGUGUCCCGUUUCGGAAACGACUCGCCCGAAUGGAGAGAGCUCUCGGCCAAAAUGCUGGCGUUGAUGAUGUGCUCGAUGACGGGAACGCUAUUCGUGUACCAGGGUCAGGAGAUUGGCAUGAUCAACGUCCCCCGCGAUUGGCCAAUCGAAGACUACAAGGACAUCGAGAGCCAGAACUACUACGCCGACAUCAAGCGCGAGCACGGCGAGGGUAAGUUCCUCGACUACAUUAUGGACAGCAUCAACAAGCUCGGCCGCGACAACGCGCGCGUCCCGAUGCAGUGGGAUGACUCGCCGAACGCGGGCUUCACGGACAACAAGGACGGGGCGUGGAUGCGCAUCCACGAGAUCUAUCCCGAGAUCAACGUCGCGAAGCAGGAGAAGGAGCCGAGGUCGGUCUUGAACUUCUGGCGGGAGAUGUUGAGGCUGCGAAAGGAAGAGGGCGAGCUGCUUACGCAUGGCGCGUUCGAGUUGUUUGAAGAGGAGAACGAGCAGACAUUUGUGUUCAAGAAGUCGAGGGGCGGCAGGGCUGCCGUGGUGGCUUUGAACUUCACGAGCGAGGAGCAGGAGGUGAGGAUCCCCGGAGAGGGGUUGAAGAUCAGAGUUGGAAACUACGAGGACGUUAGAGAGAGAGUUGCAGCCGAGGGAGAGAAGCGAGUCCUGAGACCAUGGGAGGGACGAUUAUACCUGGAGGGUUGA